GUCUCGUCCAGCGGCGCAACGGGCAUGCGUCACAGCUGAAGUGGGCUAGCUACCGCGACGUCGCUCCUCGAACCUCGCUCCCGACCCUCGCUCCUCGACGCUCCCCCGACGCCUCCCACUCCGACCAUGGACCAGCAGUGGCCCGCCUACCCCGAAGCGCCCGACGCGGCUCGCCAGGCGCGCUACGCUCCGCAGAACAACAUGACGACGCCGCAGCACGCGCAGCGAGACGCGGGCGUGUCGCAGCAGCCCAAGCAGGACUACGCCUCGCCCACGCAGCCCUCGCGCGCAAACUCAAUGGCCCGCCACUCGCCCGCCGGCUCGGCCUCGCGCGCCCAGGACUUCGGCGAAGGUGACGGCGACGUGGCCAUGGAGGACGCCGACCCGUACAAGCCCAAGUACAGCUCCUCGCGCGCCAGCCACCAGGCCCGCCACUCGCAGCACUUCCUGCAGCAGGAGGAGAGCGCCGCCGCCCGCCGCUACUCGCCCAUGAACCUGUCGCCCACGUCGCCCUACCCCGGCGGCACCCAGCCCGCCGCCCAGCCCUACACGAGCUUCACGCCGCAGCAGCCGCAGGGCAACCGCCAGAGCCCGACGCGGAACAAUCCGUACAUGUCGCCGCCGAACAACUACUACUCCCCGCCCUCCACGCGGCCCAAUGCGCCCCAGCUGCCGCCCAUCCAGUCCAACAUCAACCCCGAGAGCUUCUACCCGCAGUCGGCCACGGCCCAGCUCAACGCCGUCUACAACCGGGAGGCACGGUCGCCGCGCACGUCCUCGAACCCCAAUCCCCCACAGCUCCCGCCCAUCGGGCGCGGGCCCGUGCCCAAGUUCGACAAGUGCACCAACACGGCCGACCUGCAGCCCAAGAUCAAUGCCCAGCCCCCGUUCCGGCGCGCCAACCCUGAGGGCGGCUUCAUCAGCCCCCUCCAGGCCCUGACAGCCCACCUGCCCACCACGUACAAGCUGUGCAACACGCAGUUCAACUACCAGUCGUCACGCAAUCCGCGGCGAGUGCUCACCAAGCCGAGCAAGGGCGUCAAGAACGACGGCUACGACAACGAGGACAGCGACUACAUUCUCUACGUCAACGACAUCCUGGGGUCCGAGGAGUCGGGCCACAAGAACAGGUACCUCAUAUUGGACGUCUUGGGCCAGGGCACGUUCGGCCAGGUCGUGAAAUGCCAGAACUUGAAGACGCAGGAGGUGGUUGCCGUCAAGGUCAUCAAGAACCGGACCGCGUACUUCAACCAGAGUAUGAUGGAGGUGUCGGUGCUCGAUCUGUUGAACAAGCAGAUGGACAAGAACGACGACCACCAUUUGCUGCGGCUGAAAGACACCUUCAUCCACAGGCAGCACUUGUGUCUGGUCUUCGAACUGCUGAGUGUCAAUCUCUACGAGCUCAUCAAACAGAACCAGUUCCGCGGACUGUCGACAACGCUUGUGCGCGUCUUUGCACAGCAGCUGAUAAACGGGCUCGCGUUGCUGGGGAAAGCGAAGCUGAUACACUGCGACUUGAAACCGGAGAACAUUCUGUUGAAGAAUCUCGAAAGCCCCAUCAUCAAGAUUAUCGACUUUGGCUCCGCGUGUGAUGAACGCCAGACAGUGUACACGUACAUUCAGUCGCGAUUCUAUCGCUCUCCCGAGGUUCUGCUGGGUCUGCCGUAUUCUGCGGCGAUCGAUAUGUGGUCGUUGGGCUGCAUCGUCGUAGAACUGUUCCUCGGUCUUCCAUUGUUCCCAGGAUCGUCCGAGUACAACCAAGUGUCGAGAAUUACGGAGAUGCUCGGACUGGCGCCACACUGGAUGCUGGAGAUGGGCAAGCAGUCAGGCGAGUUCUUUGAGAAGUCGCAGGAUGAAUACGGCCGAAAGAACUACCGAUUGAAGUCGAUGAACCAGUACUCCAGCGAGCAUGGGACCAAGGAACAGCCCAGCAAGAAGUACUUCUCGGCCACCACGCUCCCGGACAUUAUCAAAAACUACCCCAUGCCCAGGAAGAACAUGAAGCAAAGCGAGAUUGAGCGAGAAAUGGCCAACCGAGCCGCUUUCAUUGACUUUGCGCAAGGGUUACUCAACCUCAACCCUCUCGAACGAUGGACACCGGCUCAGGCGAAGUUGCAUCCCUUCAUUACCCAGGCCAAAUUCACCGGUCCUUUUGUGCCGCCAAUGACGAUGAAGGCAAGCUCGAGCAGAUCUCCGGCGCCUGGUGUACAAGAGCAACAGCGAUUCGAGGGCAUGAGCAGGCAGCGUCAGCAGGCUCAGCAGCAAGCCGUUGCUGCACAACAGGCCCAAGCCGCCCAAACUGCUGCGUAUGCCAAUAUGCAAAUGAACCAAUACGCUGCUCAGCCCCCGCUUGCCCAGCCCAACAUGUACAACAACAUGUACGCCCCGAAUCACCAGGGUGCACCUCCACCGUACCCAGCACAGGUGGCAACUUACGGCCAGCAAAUGCCAGUCAUGCAGCCACAACAGCCUCGACAAUACAACCAGCCUCAAAAUCUGUACGCCCAAGCCACAACACGCGCAGGGAGACAACGUGCAACUACGAUGGAUCAACAGCAGUCUGGUAUCCCGCCGGCACUGCAAAGGGUGAUCAGCCAUCUGGAUCCAAAUGCGCCAAUCCGGUUACAACCAUCGCCUGCAUACUACCCGCCUCCUCCAGACGGUGCGCCGGAAAGUGCCAGCAGCGCCAGGAGACGAGGUUCCCGAGCAGGCAACUCUGCGAGGAGUCACAAUUUUGUUCGCAAUCUUGAAGACCGGACGCUUGAGGAAGGCUUCAUGAAUCAGCCACAUUGGCAAUGAUUGGGGCAGUGUGUAGUUGGUAUUUUCUGCUUUGGCCGACUGCAGCCUACGAGGGCAGCAGCGUGUACCGCGAAAGGAGCUGGCAGUCGGUCGAUGAUGGUGUUUUGAGUUCUCCUUGACGCCGUUUUGUUCCUCGUCGCAGAGCAGAUUGGG